GUUUUAAUAUUAUUUGAGAAAUUUAUGAAUUGGUUACUGCCCGGAGAUGCAUAGUGCAAUAAACAAUGGAUUGUUUAGGCAAAUAUAAUGAAUAUUUCUAGGUUGCGACUGUGUUCUAUUGGCUACAUCUGGGCUGCAGACAAUUGGAAGUGGCACUCAUUAUGAAUGCAUCCCAGUGGUAGGAAGGAGUAGACAUUUUGUAGUCAGCAACAUUUUUUUAUCAAUUCUGAAGAGAAGAAGGUCUUGUUAGAUAUAUGGUAGCAUUAGAGUAUGUUUACUUAGAGAGGAACCAUGGAUGGUAGCACUGAAAAUGGCUAAAAGUCCACUUGUUUCACCAAGAAAGGUCUUAGAUCUUAGCUAAUAGAGGUGCUGUGACAGUUGUAUUUUACUAUUUUCCUUCCCUAGGAAUUGCAGGGGGUUUACUUUUUUAUCAUUAGAAAAACAGUUCAUAAUCAUGGCUUGAGUUCAAAUCUGUUUCGUACCGAGUAAAUUUUGAUAGAAAAAAGGGAUGUGUUGUCAAUUAAAGAUAGCUUUUCAGGAAAAUGAAAUUGAUCUGUAUUCUUAAAGACGGAGGCAAGGUUAGCCGCACCAUCAUACAUGAGCAUAAUGUAUGGUUUCCCUUCAAAAUUAUGAAAAGUACUAAUGAUUAUGCAUUAGAAGUACUUGACAACAUCUGACAAUUUAUUUAUUGAAACAUUCAUGCUAAUAAUUGCAGAAACAGUUCCAAUGUGCAACGGUUGAAAGUGGAAUGGCUUUUGAAUAUUGCACAGUCCUAGGAACUGCAUAUUGUGCUCAUCAAGAGAAUGUUACCGUUAGAUAUUGUAAUGUAAGAUUAUGUAUGUGGGUAGUUUACUUGGAUGGAACCAUAGUUUAAUGUUCAGAUGUUCUAUUAACAGGGUUCUCAGUGAUCUAUUUAGUUUCGUGAUUAGAUGUGCUGCCCUUGAGUUAUGUGCUUACACUGGGCAUGUGGUUGUUAGGCUUUUGAUGCACGCAUUAACCUAGUUUAUGGAUUUUAAACCUGCUUGUGCUACUUGCCUAUUAAGUUUUGAGGAUUUCAUCUUUUGCAGUAUUGUAAAUUUGAGGUUCCUUUAAUGCCUAUCAGAGACCUGAGUUUUAUUGUAUUGCGAUUAGUUUUUGUGUCGUCUCAUUUUCUUGUUUGAAAGCAAAAGUUCGGCUAUCAGUGUUGACCAUGAGAUUUUAUCGCAAUGUUUUUUUUCUUGGAACCAUGUCUAAUGAUUCUGAUUGAUCUCAAGUAGUUGGGGAAUUAGGCAUAGUAUUAGUGGUCUGCUAUUCUAGUUUAUAGUAAUGAUGUUGUCAUUUGGGGUUGCAAUCUUAUAAGGAUCACGCGUUUUGCUGCUCAUGUUUUUGAAAACCUUUGGCUUGUGUUGUGAUCAAUAUCCCUCUCCUUGUUCCUUUUUUCGGUUCUCAAAAGGUAAUACAUGCAUCAUUCAUGUAAUUAUUUGGUUUCUAUCUUGGUUUAUUUCUGUUUGAACUCGAUGAACUAUGUUUUUCACUCGGUGCAGAUUGCUCGUAAUGCACCUUACAAUGAGUUUUCUAACCGGUGUUUAAGAUUUUGGAUUCAAAUGGGAGAUCAAAUGCUUGGCAAGAGAAGUACAAUUUCCCAGCUGAAAACUCAGCCGUCUUCUUUUUCUGAUUUAUUAAUCUAUGUUUUCUUUCAUAAACUUGGUUGGUUGGAACUUUAUAUUACAUAUUUAAUUCCCUUAAAAACAUUCAUAUCAUCUAUUGUUUUAGAGUUCUAGAAAACCGUGGUUCAUAUCUUCUUCUUUUAGGUACAGUACAUGUAUAAAACCCAAAUGAGUCAUUACAAGAAAAUGACUAAUUGGCAAUGUUGAUGGCAUAUGCCGAUUUUAGGCUUUGUUCACUAAAGGAUAGCAUAUUUUUAACUUUCAUUGGUAGUGUGACAUAUUAAUAUAGAUGGUGGAAUUGGUAAUCCCAAAUUUUGUGGUAGUAUUGGUUCCUGGAAGCUGUGAGGAGGUAACCAAUCUGGGUGGUUGUCAACGAUAACAAGGUGUUCUCUAUUUGCAUUAUGUUUACCUCUACUCUGUCGGAGAGACUAGGUCUCAGACUCGCGACAAAGGAGGUCGAAACAAGGCUCUUUGAUGAUGACUUGCUUCCGUCCAUUGCAUAUCAAGAAUCAAAAACUCUCCAAAGAACAAAAGAAAUUGAGAAUCAAUUCCCACAAACGUUAUCACAUGAUAAACAAUAAAGUGAUCUUGGAUCCAAACGGCCAUAAGUCCAUCUAAAGAGAAAAAAAACACGUCAAAAAGAUACUCGAAGGUUUUCCCACGUUUCCUCCGCCGAUUAAGUAAGUAUAUGUAGGAAAAGAAGAGAGAGAAAAAAGUGUGAAAUGUAGAAAGACUCUUAAAAAUAGGGUUUUACCCGAAGAUGCAUAUAAAUAGAGAGUUAAUAUUUCAAAAACAAAUUGUUAAGUGUCUGUCAUUCUUUUAACGAUCCAUUGUGUUCCAAGGAUGUUUGUGAUUCAUGUAGUUUGUUACCAAAGGAUAUCAAUUUAAAUAUUGAUUACUGGACAGAAAAUAAAUUAAAAUCAGUGGAGGGUAUUAAACAAGAUAAAUAAAGUGUGGAUAGUUUUCUUAAAAUGAAAGCAAUGCAUACAAAAACUAGAAUAUCAACUUUGCACAAAGUAGAAAUCUUCUUUAAUAUUAUCAAAUUCUCUUUUCAACAAAGAAUAAAUUAUAGAAAUGCUCACAUCCAUAUAGCUAGAAAUGCACAAUUCAGAGAACUGGCAAUACAUGUUGCUUCAUCACAAUGCCAUCAUACUUAAAAAUAUUUUUGCUAGCUCUAAUCUUUGUUGCUUUAUCUCCCCAUAAAACAGACGGAGAAUUUGCGGAAUGGUGCAUAGCCGACGAGCAAACACCAGAUGAAGAGUUGCAAAUAGCCCUUGAUUGGGCAUGUGGAAAAGGAGGAGCAGAUUGCAGAAUGAUAGAAGAGCACCACCCUUGUUAUUUGCCCAACACUGUGAAAGCUCAUGCUUCUUUUGCCUUCAAUAACUAUUAUCACAAGUUCAAGCAUAAAGGAGCCACCUGCUACUUCAAUGCUGCUGCUAUCAUUACUGAUCUUGAUCCAAAUCUGAAAAGGAACGCGACUAACGGGCAAGGAGGGCCUUAUGCUAGACGGUAGUUAAUCGAUCGAGGUUUUAGGAAUAUCAAGCGGUAAAAUAUUUUGACGUGACAGACUUCUAUCCUUGUUUAGAAGUCCGUAUUUUGGAAGUAUGUACUUAAGAAGACGUCGAUUGAUAGUGCUGCAGUAGAUGUCAAGUCCUAGUUGUGUAUAUGAUAUAGCUAAACGGUUUCAGUUUCUUAUCAACUCUGUUAUGUAAAUAAAGUUUUAAACUGCAUUUUUAACCGUUUAUUUUAUUUUGCAAACUGGGGCUAUGCUUGAUGCGUGACAUCGCAUC